GUCGCGUGCGCGCCUGCGCACUUGGGCGGGAGGGCAACGCCGAACGUGUGGGCACCACGCUAGCCCUCCUACAGUGGGCCAGCAAUGGCCGGCGCAGCCUGGUCCUCAGGUAUGCUGGGGCUGCUGCUUGUGUGUGCGCUGCUCGGGGUUCUCGGAGAGCGCCCCAGCCCCGACCUCGGGACACACCCAGGACACCGCGCCCAGGUCAGCCUUGGGGCCACCGAACCCCGUAGGCGAUCGCCGCCCAAAGACCAGCGCGAGCGGGCCCGGGCAGGCGCGCUGCCUUUGGGGGCUCUGUACACUGCGGCUGUCGUGGCUUUUGUGCUGUACAAGUGUUUGCAGGGCAAAGAUGAAGCUGCAGUUUUCCAAAAGGAGAAAGGCAAGAAGGAAUCAUUGCAGUCAGAGAGGCACCUGGCCCAGUUAACACAACAGCUGGCCCAGACAGAGCAGCACCUGAACAAUCUAAUGGCCCAGCUGGACCCCCUUUUUGAACGUGUGACUACUCUGGUUGGAGUCCAGCGGCAGCUUCUGAACAUGAAGCUGCAGACCAUCCACCAGCUUCUACAAGACUGCACGUCAGAUAAAGGUGUGGAGGUCCCAGAGCCAGAGGACUUAAGAACAGAGGAAGACGAAGAGGCUGGUGACAGUCAGGACUGGGAGGAGCCCAUAAACUGGCGCACAGAAACUUCCUGGGAAGUAGAGCAGGGGCUAAGAAGAAGAUGCAGUAAGACUGUGACAAAGGACCCCAGAUAUAGCUUCAGCCAAGGACAACAGCUGAAGGUUUAGUAAAAUAAAGUCCAUUCUUUA